AUGGCAGAAGAGACAGUCGAUUUCAAGCUUUACCGCUACAAUCCUUCGAUGGCAGCGGCCGUCAUCUUUGUCAUCCUAUUCUUCCUCAUCACAACGUUGCACUUUUAUCAAAUGAUGCGAACCCGGACUUGGAUUUCCAUUCCUUUCGUUCUUGGCGGCAUUUUCGAGGUUGUCAGGUAUAUUAGAGUACGUACGAGAAAUUGUAGCGUAAAAAGGACGGCAAAACUAAUGUGUGUGUGUGUGUGUGUGUGCGGGUGGGUGGGUGUGUUUUACAGAGAGCCAUUUCCGCCCAAGAGUCCCCUAAUUAGUCGGUCGCAGUCUACUCACUCUCGACUAUCCUCCUUCUGGUUGCGCCCCCGCCCUAUUCGCGGCAAGCAUCUACAUGAUGCUUGGCCGCAUCAUCUUGGUGACCGACGGCGAGUCACAUUCACUCAUACCCAAGAAAUGGCUCACAAAGUUACUCGUGAGGGGGAUGUAUUAUCAUUCAUGAUGCAGGGAGCCGGUGGGGGUAUAAUGGCAAGUGGCUCCAUUGAAUCUAUACAUACUAGAGAGAAGAUUAUCAAUGCUGGCCUAGUAGUGCAGCAUCUCUUUUUCAGCUUCUUCAUCACUGCCUGUGUCAUCUUCCAUGCCCGUCUUGUCCAGCAGCCGACGUCACAAGUAUAUUCCCAGUCGUUGCCAUGGGAAAGACAGCUGUAUGCACUCUACGUAGCCAGCUUAUUUAUUCUUGUGCGGUGCAUCUUCCGACUGACUGGGUAUGCGCAGGGUAACUCAGGGUAUCUCAUAUCCCACGAGGUCUUCCUUUAUGUAUUCGAUGCUGUGCUCAUAUUCGCUACGAUGGUUUGGAUGGCUUGGGUUCAUCCAAGUGACAUUGCAGCGCUGCUGAGCAAGGGUCAAGGGAGGGCGGUGCGGCGAGUAGUAUCGGUUUAUUCCCUGCACUGA